AUGUCUACACCGUCUACCGCUACUGCCACUCAUCCAACUCACCACCAGCACUACGGUUAUCCACACCACCAAUCCUACCAGUCGACGACGUCGUACCCGACCACGGCCGCCGCCGCAGGGGCUCGCCUCGCGAACUCCUACACCUACAGCGUACCCUCCCCGACCACUUCCACCAUUCCCUACACCCAACCCUCCAGAGUCGCUCCGACCACCUCGACUCCAACCGCCAUGGCGUCACACCCAAGCGGUUCUAGUGCCGCCCCGUCCCAUGGGGGCCGGAGGAAGAAGCCCGACUGGGGCGAGUUCUACAAGAAUGGCAUCCCAAAAGAAGUCAUUGUGAUCGAUGACAGUCCUGCUCCCGAAUCUGGCAAGGCCGCUCCGCCUCCCCCUGCCCACGGUGUCCCCGUCACCCAACCGCCUACUUCGCAGCCCGCCGGCAAGAGAAGACGUACGGGAAUCGAGACCGCGUAUGACCUUAGUUACUACGAUCGGCCGUCAUUCUCGAUCAAUCCUCAAGCAUACGGAGACGACUCUUCUGGACACUCGCUGUCGACGGACCGGACCACUUCCUUACAUACCACCGCGCCGACAUCACUCGGUUCGCAGGGCAGCACAGGGGCCAGCAAUGGUGUCUACUACGAAGAUGCCAAUGUUGGCCAAAAGCGAAAGCGAGUGACCACGCGGAAAUCUGCCCGAGAUGAGCAGCAGAAGAAGCGAGAACUGGAAACCGGAGGCGACGCUUUCUUGAGCUACGUUCCGCCGCCCAAACCGCCCAUCAAAGCCAAAGAUGUGCCAGUACCCGUAAUUCGCGAUUGGACGAGUGCACGACACGACAAGUUCGACGACGACGAUGGCCACUACGUUGUGACCCCCGACACGCCGUUGACAGAUCGAUAUUCCAUAAUCAAACUACUUGGCCAGGGCACGUUCGGAAAAGUGGUGGAGGCGUACGACAAGCACCGAAAGGCCCGCUGCGCCGUGAAGAUCAUCCGCUCCAUCCAGAAGUACCGCGAUGCGUCGCGGAUCGAGCUGCGGGUGUUGUCUACGCUGGCCUCGAAUGACAAGCAGAACCGCAACAAGUGCAUCCACCUCCGCGACUGCUUCGACUUUCGGAAUCACAUCUGCAUCGUCACCGACUUGCUGGGGCAAAGUGUUUUUGACUUCCUGAAGGGCAAUGGUUUUGUGCCAUUCCCAAGCAGUCAAAUUCAACAAUUUGCUCGCCAGCUGUUCACGAGCGUUGCGUUCCUUCAUGACUUGAACCUGAUCCAUACCGACCUCAAACCCGAAAACAUCCUCCUCGUCAGCAAUGCCUACCAGACCUUUACCUACAACCGCACCAUCCCUUCAUCCUCUCAUGCGACGUCCCGCAACGCCCGCCAGCGCCGCGUCCUUCUCGACUCCGAGAUCCGGCUCAUCGACUUCGGGUCAGCCACCUUCGAUGACGAGUACCAUUCCUCCGUUGUCUCCACGCGACACUACCGCGCGCCGGAAAUCAUCCUGAACCUCGGCUGGAGUUUCCCGUGUGAUAUCUGGAGUAUCGGGUGUAUUUUGGUGGAGUUCUUCACCGGCGAUGCGCUCUUCCAGACGCACGACAAUCUCGAACACUUGGCUAUGAUGGAAGCAGUCAUUGGAUCUCGGAUUGACUCGCGGCUGGUCCGGCAGGUCAUGCAAGGAGGGCGGUCGGGCAGUCACACCAACUCCGCAGCGAAGUACUUCAACCGGAGCAAACUGGACUACCCCAAUAAUGAGACGACGCGGGCUUCGCGCAAGUAUGUGCGAGCCAUGAAAGCACUGACAGAGUUCAUCCCCACCAAUACCCCAUACAAUCGUCAGUUCCUCGACCUCCUACAAAAGAUCUUCAUCUAUGACCCCAAGAACCGCAUCACGGCCAAGCAGGCCUUGAAGCAUCAAUGGUUCAAGGAGACCCUCGUCGACGAUGGGACAGAAGCCUACCGGAUCGGCACGGGGCUGCACCGGCCGCGUGCCUAG